AUGAGCGCCACGAAAAACCCGCCUGGCGGCGCAUCAGCUGCGGGCGCAGACGACGAGGAAGACGACUACAUGACCAUGACCUUUGGCGACGACGGCGGCUCCGCCAAGAAGCCCGAGACCUCGCUGCAGCGCCGCCAGCGCGAGCGCCGCGAGGCCGAGGCGCGCUCCCGGCCCAAGUCCAAGGCCGAGCUGGCCGCCGACGAGGCCGCGCGCCGCGAGUCCGCCCUGUCGCGCAGCCUGCUCUCCGCGCCGCAGGCCACCAAGUCCAAGGGGCUGGCCAUGAUGGCGCGCAUGGGGUUCGCGCCCGGCUCCGCGCUGGGCGCGCCGGGCAACGCCGACGCGCGCGCGGAGCCCCUGCGGCUGGCGGUCAAGGAGGACCGGGGCGGCGUGGGCGCCGAGGAGGAGCGGCGGCGCAAGUUCCGCGAGGAGGUCGGCGAGGAGGCGCUCGAGGAGGCCGAGAGGCGGAAGAAGAAGAUGCGCAUCGAGGACCUGGACCCCGCCGAGUUCCGGGAUCGGGUCGCGAGGGAGCGGGACGCGGCGAGGAAGGAGAGGCAGGUACACGCCGCGCAGAAGGUGGCGGAGGGCAUGGCCGAGCAGAAGGAGCGGGGUGAGGAUGGGAGAGAGACGGAGCGGAGCGAUGAUGAAGUCAGCGGCGAUGAGGCACAGGAUAGGAGGAAGCGCCAAAAGAAGACGAAGGGUGGGAUGUCUUCUCGCCCACUCAAGUCGAUCAAUGUCCUGUGGAGAGGACUGGUGCGAGCACGCGAAGAGGCUGAGCGCGACCGGAGGAUGCGGUACGACCUGGAACAGAGCCUUUCGCGGCUUCCUACGUAUGAGGACGACCUGGACGACGAGGAUGACAAAGUAGCCAUGGGCACGUCCAAGACUGUCGUCUACGCUACCGCCGAGGACCUCGAUGAAGAAGACCCAGAGUUAGACGAGUUCAAUACGCUUGAGCCGGACGAAAAGCUGCAGAGGCUGGUCGAGUUCAUGAGGAAGGAGUUUCAUUACUGCUUCUGGUGCAAGUUCACAUAUCCGGAUGAGACGAUGGAGGGAUGUCCAGGUCUUACAGAGGACGAUCACGACUAG